AUGUCUGCCUCGCCACCCCCCGAGGAGAAGAACAAGGCCGACGCCGAGGCGCGCGCAAAGGAGCUGGCCGAGCAGGCGGCGCUGCCCUACAAAUGGGACCAGACCAUCAAGGACCUCGACAUUACAAUCACCAUUGAUGCCAAGUACAAGGGAAAGGACCUGGUCGUCGACAUCGGCCGCAACAAGCUCAAGGCCGGCAUCAAGGGCCAGGAGCCCUUCAUUGACGGCGAGCUGCCUCAUCCCAUCCGCGUCGACGACUCCACCUGGACACUGGCCUCGGUCGGGUCGCAGAAGGAAAUCUCUAUCCACCUCGACAAGGUGAACCAGCUCGAGUGGUGGGCACACGUAGUCACAACCGCGCCAAAGAUCGACACGUCCAAGAUCCAGCCCGAGAACAGCAAACUAGGCGACCUCGACGGAGAGACACGGGGUAUGGUAGAGAAGAUGAUGUUUGACCAGAGGCAGAAGGAGGCAGGAAAGCCGACAAGUGACGAGCAGAAGAAGGCGGAUAUCUUGGAGCAGUUCAAGAAGCAGCAUCCUGAGAUGGAUUUCUCCAAUGCGAAGAUGGGUUGA